AUGUCAGGUGGUAAAGGUAAAGCAGGAACUUCCGAAAAAGCUUCAACUUCAAGAUCAGCCAAAGCUGGUUUGACUUUCCCAGUCGGUAGAGUCCACAGAUUGUUAAGAAAAGGUAACUACGCUCAGAGAAUCGGUUCUGGUGCUCCAGUGUACUUGACUUCAGUCUUGGAAUAUUUAGCUGCUGAAAUUUUGGAAUUAGCUGGUAACGCUGCCAGAGACAACAAGAAAUCCAGAAUAAUCCCAAGACACUUACAAUUGGCAAUCAGAAAUGAUGAAGAAUUAAACAAAUUGUUGGGUGAUGUCACCAUCGCCCAAGGUGGUGUGUUACCAAACAUCCAUCAAAACUUGUUGCCAAAGAAAUCAGGUAAAGGUGGUGUUAAGGCUUCUCAAGAAUUGUAG